AAGUGGCGCGCAAGGGCCUCUGGGCCCUUGCCCCAGGUCGCCAUGGCAGUGGCGACAGUGGCAGUAUUGGUGGCCGCCGCGGGUGGGGCGCUGUGGCUUGCGGCCCGGCGGUUCGGGGGGCACGGCGUCCAGACGCGGCAGGGAGAGGGGGACUGCGGCCUCAUGCGCGGGAAGACGGUGCUCAUCACCGGGGCCAACAGCGGCCUGGGCCGUGCCACUGCCGCCGCGCUGCUGCGCUCGGGCGCGCGGGUGAUCAUGGGCUGCCGGGACCGCGCACGCGCAGAGGAGGCGGCGGCGCAGCUGCGCGGGGAGCUCGGCGGGGCCGGGGGCUCGGGGCCGGGCCAGCUGGUGGUCAGGGAGCUGGACCUCGCCUCGCUGAGCUCCGUGCGCGCCUUCUGCCGGCAGCUGCUGCAGGAAGAGCCCCAGUUGGACGUCCUGAUCAACAAUGCAGGGGUCUUCCAGUGCCCUUACAUGAAGACUGAAGAUGGGUUUGAGAUGCAGUUCGGAGUGAACCAUCUGGGGCACUUCCUACUGACCAAUCUCCUCCUUGGGCUCCUCAAAAGUUCAGCUCCCAGCAGAAUUGUGGUGGUCUCUUCCAAACUGUAUAAGUACGGAGACAUCAACUUUGAAGACUUGAACAGUGAACAAAGCUAUAAUAAGAGCUUUUGCUACAGUCGAAGCAAACUGGCUAACAUUCUUUUUACCAGAGAACUAGCCCGCCGCUUAGAAGGCUCCAACGUUACUGUCAACGUCUUACACCCUGGUAUCGUCAGGACUAACCUUGGGAGGCAUAUCCACAUCCCCCUGUUGAUGAAACCACUUUUCAAUUUGGUGUCAUGGGCUUUUUUCAAAAGUCCAACAGAAGGUGCCCAGACGUCUAUUUAUUUAGCCUCGUCACCAGAGGUCGAAGGUGUAUCAGGGAAGUACUUUGGAGACUGCAAAGAGGAAGACCUGUUGCCCAAAGCUAUGGAUGAGGCUGUUGCAAGAAAACUCUGGGAUAUCAGUGAAGUAAUGGUUGGCAUCUUAAAAUAAGAACAAGGAGAAAAAGAGCUAUUUAUAACACUGGAUGCCAGUUAGAUCAGUGUUCAGGAAUGGUGCAACAGCCUCAGGUUGCUGCUUGGAAAAGAAAAACCACUUUGAUUUUGCAAUAGCAGUAUGAAGAGGUGAGGUCAACACAGAUGUUUUGGAGUUACAGAAAAGCAAUUCUAGGAAGAUUUUAAAUGAGAUUCAAUAUGACAGUGCAAUUGUAAUAUACUAAAAUUAUAAUGAUAUAGGCAUGGGUUAUAAAUAUCAAAUGUUCAGUGGCUUAAAAUAGAUAACUUGAUAAGUUUAUGCAAGUAUUUGUGUUUCGUGUUCAAAGUGUGCAUCAUUUUUAUUACUUUGCUGGUUUUUCUGUGGAGGAGAAUAUAGACCUAGUACAUGUAUGCACAAUUCUUAACUUGAAAUAAAUUCCCUGAUGCAAGUUUUGAA